AUGGAUCGGCUCUCCGAUGUCUUUUUGACUCUGGUGCUCGACGUCGACGACAACCAACAAAGGGACGAUGCUCUGCUUCUUCGAAAGAAGGUAGCGGAUGAGAUGCAAGAUCAGCAGGAAAUGGAUAGGAUGAUGAUGGAGGUCAAUUCGCUAGGGAAAACAGAUAAGGACAUUGCACAGUGCUUUACUCAGACUCCAUUGCAACCAAAGAUCAUUGAAUCUAUAAAAUCAGCUCAUGCCCUUGGGUGGUACUCUUCACCUCCUUGCCAAAACCAGACCCCUUUAGCGAUGUGGGUGGAGAAUUUGAUUGUUUUAUUUUUGGUGCAAUGUGGUUUGUUCCCCAGAUGUGAAUUGAGAAUCAUCAGUGAUAGAGAAAUGGGAUGGGCACCAUGCUGUGACCAAACAAAUGUGAAGAAGGGGCCAAUGCCACCUGAAGAACAUGCUAAGCAGAAGGAGCAUAUGGGUUAUGCUAGUGAUCUUUUUUAUUUACUCAAGUCGUCUUUAAGAGAAAGCACUGUUGCUGGACAACUGCGCGGUCCUUGAUCGUGCAAUGAUCGAGCACAAUCUUCUAAGUGCAAGCAAACUAUACACUAAUAUAAGCAGGGGAAGCAAAGACACUCAUAUGACUAUGUUCUGAAAAUGAUGGCCUAUUUAGAUUUCUGUUCGAGCAAUUGCUACAGCUCAUGAUGGAUUGAAGGCAAGAGAGUUACCGAAAGAGAGCCCCAUAACAUAGACAUCAUUCUAUCAUAUGAUGUAUUGAAUCAUGGAUAUAGUGUACUGUAUGAUUUGGCUACCCAAUAAUGAUUUGUAGAAAAUUUUGCAAGAAAAAGCUUGGUUAUGGAUUUAUCUAUAGUGAGAAGAGUAUUUGCAACCAAGUUAUAGC